UUUUCGCCCGCGCAGAAUUGCCACCAUCUCGAAAGUCACAGAGUUUGGUGCCUGAGCAACAAGGCACGUCACGUGUUCCCGUCCCUUGCCUUCCAUACAGGCGGUAAAACACAUGAUUGUCCUUUCCGAUCCCAUUCUAGCCUGCAUCGACAUCAUCACACUUCAACUUCUUUUGCUUGUUCUUUUUUUGUCCUCUUCUUCCCCCUUCCACCCAUCGAGGCUCUGAGAUACCAAACAAGUACAAACAUACUUUUGGCUUCGCACUCAAUCGCCCACCAUGUGGAUCGUUAACUGGUUCUACGACGUUUUGUCCUCUUUGGGCUUGCUCAACAAACAUGCUAAGCUGCUGUUCCUGGGUCUCGAUAAUGCCGGAAAGACCACGUUGCUUCACAUGCUCAAGAACGACCGAGUUGCUAUCCUGCAACCUACUCUCCACCCUACUUCUGAGGAACUCGCCAUUGGCAACGUUCGAUUCAACACUUUCGAUUUGGGCGGUCACCAGCAAGCCCGUCGUAUCUGGAGAGAUUACUUCCCCGAUGUCAACGGUGUCGUCUUCCUUGUCGACGCCAAGGACCACGAGCGAUUCCCCGAGGCCAAGGCCGAGCUCGACGCCCUUUUGGCUAUGGAGGAGCUUUCCAAGGUUCCCUUUGUGAUCCUGGGCAACAAGAUCGACCACCCCGAUGCCGUUUCCGAGGACGAGCUGAGACACCAACUGGGCCUGUACCAGACGACUGGAAAGGGCCGGAUGCAGCUGGAGGGUAUCCGACCUAUCGAGCUCUUCAUGUGCUCUGUGGUUAUGCGACAGGGUUACGGCGAUGGUAUCAGGUGGCUGUCCCAAUACGUUUAAAAAGAGAUGGAGGGUAUUUGUGAUGGGAACGAGAGGAAGUGGGCCACCGGACUCAUGAGUCGUGGCUCAGUGACGAUUCGAUUUGAGAAACCGAGGAGGUCAAGAGGCGUUGGGUCAUGAGUUAUUUUAUGAGACUCAGCAUUCUCUUUUUAGGCGAAACCAUUUUUUAUUAAUUGUGAAAUUUAUACAGUACCCCGUUGCUUGAUUUUACGUGGAGACUUUUCCUCUUCCUGGUGCAUUUAAUGGCUUGUGAAGCCAAUGGAUAAUGGAGUUAAGACGUUGCACCAUAGAGGGGAUUAAUGAACCACGUUUUUUUCUUCUGGGUAGAAUUAAGCUAUGUUACGAUGGAUAUUGGC